AUGGCAUCGAUUUCAAAGUUCAAUACCGCGUUUUUGUCUAUGCCUAACGAGUUGACAGUUGCUGCUGCCAAUUUCAAUAUAGACUUCUCUUUGAUGAAAGUAGAAGCGCCGAAGGAAUUCCACGGUGUCAGAGAUGCACUUUCAAAAAGUAGACGCCAUGCCGCUGAAGAGGGCCAGCCACAUGUCACAGCCCGAAGGCUGGGGGCUCUUUUUGAGGCUAUUGUACCACCUAUACCACACCUGAUCCAAGCCUACGGGAACCGUGUUUCCGCCAUUUCAUCUCGCACGACAACGAAAUCCCAGAAAUUUCCGACCAGCGAGAUCUUUGCGGCUCACGCUGGUCCUGAUGCUACGAGUAUUUGGGCAGCUGCAACUUCCGGGCGAGGUGCCUUAGCAGUGCACCUUCUUGCCUGCAUGCUAGCAAGGAUUUGGAAGGGGCCUGAGGCCAUAUCGCUGUGGGUUGAGCUUGUCGAACGGAGGAAGGAAGAAAUCCAUAACAACUAUAACAACUACAAUGCAACCGAAACAGCCGCAAUCAUGGCGGCUCAGCAGAUCUUUGGCCGGGAGCAGCUAGCCGCCUGGGACUUGAGUGCGCGAUCAUGGCUCCAGACAGCAGAUUCAGACCGGAAUCUUCAACAGACGCAGCUAAUGCUCAUCGUCAACAAUGUGAAAAUGCCAGUCAACACGAAAGAAGACCCCUACCAAAGCGUUCUCGAAGCCUGGACAUUAGCAAUGCGUGCCAUGGAACUACGGUGCAAGGAGUGCCCCAACGAAUACAAGACGGUCCUGGUAGACGAGUCAAAGAGCGUGGAUCUCCACGAUGAACUCUUGAAUGGGUCCGUGAUCACCAUUUCUGCACAUGGUGCAGAUGGCAGUAGGGAAGGUGUAUUCUGGUCCUUGCCUCUUGGACGGAUGCGGUACUACUCGCCCCCUGUGAUAGCUGAGCGGCGCCUGGCGUCAGAUACAUCGCGGAUCUCUAUGGACGAAUUCUGGAUGGUUAUUUUGGGAAUUUUUGUCUCCCAAUGGAAGGCUGUCUGCCCCGGGCCAGAGAAGUGCUGCAAGAUCAUCCAGCUUCUUGCAGACCGUGUGGACCUAUCUGCACCAUCCCUUGCAUGGCUCAAGUUUCUAACAGCUGCUGCAAGAAGAUACACUGAUGCACGCGAUGUUCAACAACGCCAGUUUGCGAAGCUCCUGGGGCUUGGUAUGCGGUGGUGCACAUCAUUCCUAAACGACUUGGAUCACCAGCCACCGCCUCUUUUUGGCCUGGGAAAUUUUCUUGUCUCUUAG